AGUGUUACGAAUCAGAUCCCAAUGAAGAAAUAAAUUACGUUUUUUUAUUAAAAAAUACAAAAAAAAUGAUGACAAAUAGUGAAACUAGCGGUACUGGAAACCAAAAAAAUAUUUUGCAAGAAGUGAAGUACAUUCCAACUGGAUCAGAAAAAGAUGAACCUUUUCAACCAGAAGAUGAAAUUAAAAGAUCUGAUACUUUUUUUCUACAAUUUACAGUCAUGACAGCAUUAUUAAUUUUUAUGGUUGGUGGAACCACAAUAGUAUGGACCUCUCCAGCGAUAGUAAAGAUGAAAUCUAAUGAUACUAGUAUAAAUCCAUUAGGAAGACCAAUACAAACAUACGAAAUAUCUAAAUUUAUGGGUAUAGUAGGAAUAUUAGCGUUAGGCGGUUCACUAGUUUUACCGAAACUGGCAGAUAUGAUCGGAAGAAAAAGAAGUUUGUGGGUUAUGGCGUUUUUUAUGUUUGUAGGAAUUGUAGGAUUGGGUUUAAGCAGAAGCGUUAAUAUGAUGAUUAUGUGCUCUACCAUAACAGCCCUAUUUUUCAGCGGAGCCAUGGGAAUUCUUCCCAUGUAUUUAACAGAGAUAUGCGAAGACCACAACCGCACAAAAUAUGGUUGCCUUAUGUCAGCCUUUAUACCUAUCGGACAAUUGUAUACGUUUCUCAUUGGACCCGUAUUUAGUUAUAGAGUUUUUACCUUACUAACAGCAGUUCCAAUGAUUCCGUUUCUGGUUAUGUUCCUUUUUGCUCCAGAAAGCCCUGUAUACUCUUUAGAAAAUGGUAAUAAAGAAGAGUGUUCACGAGCAUUGAAAAAAACUACGAUAUAAUAAAACUGAAACAGAAUUAGAUAACGAUUUGCGCAAGAUUAAUAAGGCCUUGAAUAGAACAAACAAAACAGGGGGAAAUAGUGUGGGAAAACUAUUUAGUACUAAAGAAGGGCGUGUAGGAAUGCUGUUAUCUUUAUUACCACUAUUUGUUCAAUAUUUUUCUGGAGUUCCUAUUCUAAUGAUGCUAAUGGCACCUAUAUUUAACAACUCUAGUUCGUUUAUAUCAGGUAGUACAAUUGGUGUUUGUGUAGGGGUCGUGAAAAUAAUACUUUUUACCACUACUUCGUUGAUUGUUGAGAGAUUUGGAAGACGGCCUCUCCUACUAAUUUCUGCUGGUGGAGCUGCAUUACCUGUAUCUCUGCUAGGUCUAUAUUUUUAUUUAAAGAAAAUAGAUUCCCCUUUUGUUUAUCAAUAUCCUUGGAUACCUCUGGUUUGUGUUUUGACAUUUGUUUCAUUUUACUCGAUUGGGCUUGGACCAAUACCAAUAACUGUAAUGGGUGAGAUGUUUUCUGCUGACACUCGAUCAACUGGUUGUGCUAUUGUAACUACUUUUUCAUCAAUGGCUCUUACUAUAUAUGUUUCCGCAUAUCCUAUUUUGGCAGAGUUAGUCGGAACUCAUUGGUGUAUGUGGAUGUUUGGAACUUGCUGUUUUGGGGGUGCAUUGUUAAUUUACUUUUUAUUGCCCGAAACAAAAGGUAAAAGUGUGGUAGAAAUACAAGAAAUUCUGAAGAAUUAUUGACAUUUGAUUAAGAUUUUAAUAAAUUAUACAC